GCUCACCACUCACCACUCACCACUCACCACUCACCACUCACCACUUACCGCUCUCUAUCUCGUAAGUUUGUGCUUGCGCGCGCUCGCAUCUCCGUCCGCUCGUACAUCUGCGGUGCGUGCCGUCGCCGCAGCUCGCGACCCCGUGCCCCUCGUGCACCACGAGUCGCUGCGACAGCCGAGAUAGAGAGCGAGAGCGCGAGAAGGCGGUGGAGGAGGUGGUGGCGGUGGCGGAGGAAGAGGGGGAGGAGGAAGGGUCGCUCGUCGUCACCGCAGGAGGCCGACGAGCUGCCGCCGCUUCGCGGUCCUUGUGCGUUAUUUAGCGAGGGAAACGGCUAGUCGAAAUCGACGUCGAGCUCGGUAUGGCAGACCUCGACGACUUCUUCGCGAAGAAGGAUCGCAAGAAAGCGAAGGGUAAGAAGUUCACGACCACCGAUGAGAUAGCCAAGAAGCUCGAGGAAACGGGUAAGAAGUUGGACAAGGCCAAGCAGAAGGAGAAGUCCCAGAACUCGGAGGGCGGCGACGACAAUCAGCAAAUCGAGGAGGAGGAUGAGUGGAAGGUCUUCGAGGAGGAGAAGAAGGAUUACACCGGAUUGAAAAUUGGAAAUCUGACUAUGAACGAAGUCGUUGAUACGGAUGUGGAAGAUGAUAAAGUUAUGGGGGAGAAGAACUCGGAUGGGGAGUACACCGAGCACUUCAAUAAGAACAGCGGCGGCCCUUGGAAGAAGGCGGAUGCGCAGGUGGCAGAGCCAGAGGCACCACAGCCGGAAGUCGAACAGCCCCAGGCUGUACCAGAGGUGGCGGCAGCCGCUCCAAAGAAAAGUUAUAAGCCACCGGCUCUAAGGAAUCCGCAAUUUAAUGUGGAACGAUCAAUGUCUUCCGGUCGCCCGAGAGGCAAAAAUAUUGCUCCAGACAUUAAUAGCGAGGAAUACUUCCCAACCUUAAAUUCGAAGCAAUCGGUAUCAAAUGACACUGGUGGAGCAUGGGGUCGAAAAAAACGAGAUGAAGGAAAUUUUGAAGAAGUACGUAAUCGAGGAGGAAGCAGAACAUACGGUGCACCCGAAGUUCAAUCUCAAGCUCCCAAACUGUCGUUAGGAAAUAAAUAUGGUGCGCUACCUCAAGAUCAAAGCUGAAAACGACAAAUUUUCUUCUGUCGACGAUUAUUAAACAUAUACGUUACCACCUCGCUCCGUUUCGUGGCCCAGUUGCGCCAUAAAACAAAUUUUAUAGGCUAAUAAUGCAUACUACUGUUUGUGCAUACGUAUUUAUUAUUUACCACUUUUCGUUUUAAACGUUCGUUGUUUAAUCGUUAUCUAUGGUUUUUUAAGUUUUUGGAAUUGGUAAAAAAAAAAAAUUGUAUUUAAUAUGGUAGUAUUAUUGAAAGCCGCAAUAAUAUGACGUGACUUUCGAAAUAAGGUAGA